UCAGGCUCGCAGGCAGCUUGUCUCUCCUUCCCCAGGGCGGGGGGAGAGCGGCCGCAGCCCCUUCCCCAGGAGAAUGGCCCUGGUGCUGGGGCUCUGGUUCUGCCUGCUGGGGGCGGCGGGAGCUGCGGGUCCAGUGGCGCAGCACAGCUGGGACAUCCUGUUCACGGGGGUGCAGGGCUCCAAGGGGAUCCCCAGCUUCUUUGUGCUCGGGCAGGUGGAUGGUCUGGGGGUGGCCUAUUACGACAGCACCACCCUGGAACUGAUCCCCACCCGGGACUGGAUGCGCCAGGCUGUAGAGCCCGGCUAUUUCCGGAGCAAGACGCAGGAGCUGCUGGGGUACAAGGAGGGCUUCCAGCGCAUCAUGGGCCGGCUGCUGGAGCGCUACAACCAGACGGGCGGGGUGCACACGCUGCAGCUGCGGGUGGGCUGCUCCCUGCGGGACGACUCCCCCCAAGCCGGGGUGCUGCAAUAUGCCUACGACAGCCAGGACUUCAUCGGCUUUGACGGGCAGCGGGGGCUGUGGGUGGCGGCCGUGCAGCCAGCCGUGCUGUCCAAGCGGCGCUGGGAGGCCGACCGGCCCUGGUGCCAGUUCCUGCAGCACUACCUGCAGCAGGAGUGUGUGAAGACGCUGAGGAGCCUCGUCCGGCACGGCAGGGAGACCCUGGGGCGCCAGCUGCCCCCCGAGGUCUCGGUUUCCUGUAGAGAUGCCCCCGACGGCUCCGUCACCCUCUCCUGCCACGCCAGGGGCUUUUACCCACGUCCCAUCCACGUCUCCUGGGUGCGGGACGAAGAAGACAUCCUGGCAGAGACAGACUCCAGCGGGAUCCUGCCUAACGCCGACAGCACCUAUUACACGCAGUCGUCCCUGGAGAUCUCCCUGCAGCAGGACAGGCACCGCUACGCCUGCCGGGUGGAGCACACCAGCCUGCCGGAGCCCACACUCAUCUGGGUCCCCGGUAAGAAGGGCCUCCUGCCCCCUGGGGUCCUGGUCCCGCUCUUUCUGGCCAUGCUGGCUGGGGCUGGUGCCUCAGUAGCCGGUGUUAUCAUGUGGAGGAGAAAUCGCCCAGGCCCCGUCGGACCCAGAUACACCCCAACAGCCUCAGCGGCUGCAGAGGAUGCUGGUCCCAGCGCCGCGUCGUGACCGGAGGGGCCCUGUCCUCUCGGAGACCCCAUCGUGGGACCCCAGUGCUCAGCACAGAACGACCCUGCCCCAGCUACGCACCCUGGCAACCCUGAGAUCCCGACCCCCCGAUCCUCCUGCCGGGGGCGCCGGGCUCCGCACCCAUCGUGCUCAUGUCUGACAGUGACGGAGACUUGGGGGCAUUGGGAGCAAUUUGUGACGGGGCAUUGGGGGCUGUGUUACAGGGAUUUGGGGGUGUCAGGAGCUGUGUGUUACAGGGAUUUGGGGGUGCCAGGGGCUGUGUUACAGGGAUUUGGGGGUGCCAGGGGCUGUGUGUGACAGGGAUUUGGGGGUGUCAGGGGCUGUAUUACAGGGAUUUGGGAGUGUUGGGGGCUAUGUGUUACAGGGAUUUGGCGGUGUCAGGAGCUGUGUGUGACAGGGAUUUGGGGGUGCCAGGGGCUGUAUUACAGGGAUUUGGGGGUGUUGGGGGCUGUGUUACAGGGAUUUGGGGGUGUCAGGAGCUGUGUGUGACAGGGAUUUGGGGGUGCCAGGGGCUGUAUUACAG